CCCCCCCCCCCCCCCCUCCGCCGCCUCAGAGCUCGGACGCUGAGGGCAGGAGAGAGCGGCUCGAGGUCCGACCGUGGUGAAUAAUGUCGGAAGAACCACCACCUCCAUAUCCUGGGGGACCUUCUGCUCCAUUACUUGAAGAGAAACCAGGACAGCCACCAUCAGCAGUGCAUAUGCCGCCCAUGACUACUCAAACUCAUGGGUAUUCUGUCCCACCAGACGGUGGACCACCUCCUUAUGAGCCAAUGGCGCAACCAGGAUUUGUACCACUCCACACACCAGCAGAAGGUGGUAUGCCACCACAUGGUUACUAUCCAACAGCUGGACAUUACCCACCACCAGGCCAUUAUGUACCCCCGGGUCACUAUCCUCCCCCUCCUGGACACUAUGCACCUCAGACUGGACAAACAGCAACUGUUAUAGUCCCCCCAGGUGCUGCAACAACAGUGACAGUGCUGCAAGGGGAAAUGUUUCAAGCUGCACCAGUGCAGACCAUGUGCCCUCACUGCCAGCAGACCAUUACAACUAAGAUCACUUAUGAAGUCGGCUUAUUGAAUACUUUAUUCUGCCUCUUCUGCUGUUUUGUGGGAUGUGACUUGGGAUGCUGCUUAAUCCCCUGCUUGAUAGAUGAUCUGAAGGAUGUGAUGCACACUUGUCCAAACUGUAAAGCUUACAUAUACACAUACAAGCGGGUAUGCUAACAAACAUCCUGAUCCUGUCCAAGAAGUGUUGGAAUAAGUUUAAAACAGCCAACUUAAAUUGUUCACUUUUUUUAGUUCAAUUUAAAUCUAAUAAUCUAAAUGAUUGUGAUAUUUACAGCAGUUACUGUGCUGUAAUUCAAGCAACUGUGAAUGCCUUACUUGCAGAACAUAUUAUGUUGAAUUUACCUAUGUAUAAUUAUGUGUAAACAGUAUAAAUGUCAUUCCCUACCUAAAAUAUCUUUCUAACUUUUGAAGUUCCCUGUACAGCAAAACCUGUGCAUAGUUAUCUUUAAGAUGGCAAUUGGUUUUCAGUAUUUAUAUAUGCAUAUUUAGUCAUUGUGCUGAUGGUGUUUAAAAACUAAGGGAAAAUAACUGGUUCUAGCUCAAAACAUUGCACACCACAGUGAUACUUUUGUGAUGCAUUGUUUAUUUUUCAGUAUGCAAUUUGAUAAAUCAUUAAAAUGUUGUGUAGAAAUUAUCACAGGUAUGUGGCUUUAUACUUGAAACUCCAGGGGACAAUAUAAUUUUGUCUGUCAUCCCAAAUGCCUCUUAAUGGAAUCAUAUGCAUGAAUGUGUUUUGUUGUAAUAUUCUUGCAUUUGAGUAAUUUUACACUUGCAUCCUCCUGAAGUUUUAGUUUUAUUUAGAAACCCAUCCUGAUACAGAUCUCAACACCACAUUUGAAAGUUGAUUUGUAGAUUAUUGAGAAUGGUACAAUGAAGGCAUGCUUUAGAAAGGCAGUAUUUACUUUUGAAGUAAAAUGUUUUGCUAAAAUGUCAGUAUUAAUACUUGUCAGUUGAUUGUUGCCAGACUGCUAAUUUUAAACAAAUGUUCAGAAAGUUCUAAACUGUCACAAAUGAUUUUGACUGUAAUUAUAUUGCAAUGAUAGCCAGUCGUCAUUUUUAACCCAAAUGAUGGAGUGUGUACAGCAGAGGUUCUAAAAAUUACCAUGUUUGAAUGACUAAUUAUGCAGAGCUUAGAUUUUGUGGGUCAAUAGAAGUUUUUUUUAUUUUUGAGGUUUUGUCUGUUACAAUACAGAACUGUACCAGGAUUUCCUGAUGUUCUUUAUAGUAACAUUGUGAAACAUUGUACAGAGCAGAAAUCUUGAUAUAUUCAGAAUGUAAAUGUAAUAUUAUACUCUGAUGCUUGUGCAAUUUUUGGCAGCUUGCAAUUGCCUUUGCUGAGAACUUAAAUGCAGCAUAUGUGAAUCUCCCACUUUGCUCCAGCAUUAUAAUUGCAGAGAUUUGUUACAAAACGUAUUCUGCUUUGAAAGCAAAUGAGGCAACACACAAGACAUUUAUUAUAAAAUGUAUUUAUCUUUAAGAAGCAGGAGCCAGAGCCCACAUCGGCCAGUCAUCUGGUUCUUUGUGUUUUAAUGUGCCUGUUAUUUAGCCAUCAAAUUAGCAUUAAAAGUAGUCAGUAUUAGAUGUAUUGGUUGUUGAUGGUUAAACAAAUUGUUUUAGAUAUCAGCCAUGUUUCAACCAGUUUUGUUGUCUCAGUUCAGAUUGCUAUAAAGACUAACAGCAGGAGGGCAAAACAGUCUUCCUGCUUUGUCACAAGAUCUAGCAGUUAUCAAAGCAAACUAAACAUACAUCCAAUAGUUCUCCAAUUGUGUUUUAUCAAUUGAAGUGCAUCAUUGGAAGGAUACCAUGCAGGUUAUUUUCUCAGAUGGAAUGUUUUGUGGGGGUCAUUUGGUAGGUCACUUCUCAUUGUUAAAGCAUUUGUGAAAGUUGUUGGUUUUGAAAAGAGGCAAAACAGGUAAUUGUUUAUUUAGCCCAAAAUUGCAGUUUUUAGUCAUCCUGAUUUGUUGGUGACCACGUGGGUGGGAGAGAUUUAAUUAAUUGUUUCAUACUGUGUCUUAAUACUGCAUUAGAUCUUGAUUGUUUCACAAGGAUGCUGCCUGGGUAACUAAAAUACAUUUCCUUUAAAAAUAGGUUGACUUAAAAUAAUCUAAUUUGUAAUUAAGUAACACAGCUUUUGAGUUGAAGCUUAAUUAUGUUAAAGCAUACAUGGUAACACAAAUAAUUAAAUUCUCAAACAUAUGGUAAUUUGUUUUGCACUAUUUGCAUGAAUUCUUGUCUUUUUAAAGAUAUGCAAAGCUAACAUUUACUUGCCUUCAUCACCUUUCACAUGGAAUGAGCCAGGAAAAAUUGAUUAUUGGUCCUAACAUCUUUUGUAUCUGAUCUCCUUUGGUCUUUUAAGUGAUAUGAUCAUGUUUGCAAAUCUGUUCUAAAAAGCAUUCUUUGUUCUGGUUGAAAGUGGUGGUAUGCUGGAAAUAUCUUAAUUGCCAAGUGGCUAUUUUCUGUAACUCAAACCAUUAUUGGUUGAGACAGCUUUUGUGUACAAGCUGAUUGUUUAAACAUUCCUACAAUGUACAUGUUCAUGCAUUCUCAUGUAGAAAUGGGUAUAUACACAUUGGAGAUUAUUAAAUGCUAAUGGCACAA